GAAUCAUGUCAAUUUUGGCCUUGAAGGGACUAUCCAACACAAUAAGAAAGAGUAUUGUCAAGCAAACAACUUGUUUCAGUCAAUCAAGAUACAGCUAUGCCACAUUAAGACAAAAAACAGCAGUUGUUACCGAAAAUAACGAUCAUAUCCGUCUCCUGUUUGAUGAUGAUAAUGCCUGGAAACACCAAACAUGUACCAAAACAACCGAGUCCAUAGGCUUUUUCGAGAACCCUCAUUUCUCUUCUAUCUAUGGUAUCGAUUUUGCCACGCAACAAGCUAUUCAACGUGCACAGAUCCUUGUUGAGCGUAUUUGCAGCGCACCUCAGAAUGGUGCUGAAGAAAUGCGCAAGAUUGUCAAGAAUCUCGAUCGACUUUCGGAUACCUUAUGUAGUGUGAUUGAUCUAGCUGAAUUCAUUCGUAAUGCCCAUCCCGAUCAAGCUAUCAUGGAAGCAGCCAACAAGAGCUACAGUGAUCUAUGUUCCUAUAUGAACUUGUUGAAUACCGAUCAACGUAUUCAUCAGGUGCUUUCUCUUGUAUUGGCCGAUAAAAGUAUUGUGGAUACAUUUACACCUGACGAACAUGCGGCAGCCAUUGUUUUUCUACGCGAUUUUGAGAAAUCAGGCAUUCAUUUACCCAACAAGAAGCGAGCAGAAUUUGUGAAUCUAUCUGACAAGAUUAUUCAUUUAGGCCGAGAAUUCAUUCAAAUGAAUCCUAGAUCCAUACGCCAUGUCAAAGUACCAGCAACAGAUCUUUCAGGCGUGCAUCCCAAUGUCAUCAUGGCAAUGAAGCGUAAAGAUGGCUAUGCUUAUAUACCAACUGAUGCUACUGAAAGUCAAAUUGUAUUGAAAUAUGCUCACAAUGAACAUAUACGACGCAAAGUCUAUGAAGGCAUGAACUCUGCUACUCCACAAAGUAUUGAUGUAUUGGAACAAUUAAUGCGCACACGGUCUGAUUUAGCUACACUUGUCGGUAGCCCAUCUUAUGCAGACCUACAGUUACAAGAUAAAAUGGCCAAAAAUCCAAACAAUGUCGAAGCCUUUCUGAAGACGUUGCUCGAGCAUCAAGCACCUACUUUUAAAAAUGAUAUCCAGUUGUUAGAAAAGAUCAGGCAACAACCUGGUUUAAAUGCCUGGGAUCGUGAUUAUUAUAUGCAAAUCCAUAACUCCAAGCAUGCUGUUCCUCUUGGCAUGCCACAUUUCUCAGUGGGAUCUGUCAUUCAAGGUCUUUCUCAGUUAUUUAAGCAUAUGUAUGGUGUUGAAUUUGAACAUGCGUCCCUUAAGCCUGGAGAAGCAUGGCAUGAUCAAGUGCGCAAAUUAGACGUAGUAUGUGAACAAGAGGGUAAGAUAGGCACCAUUUAUUGUGAUUUGUUUAGUCGACCAGGCAAAACGACUUAUUCUGCUCACUACACCAUACGAACUUCCCGUCGUGUAGAUAAUGAUGAUGCAGAGAACGACAUUCAAUAUGCUUUUCCUGGUCGCCACAUUGAUAGUAGUAAACUGAUGCCACCUGUGCACCAGCCUGCUGAAUCUGUGCGUGGUAAAAAAGGUCUGUACCAAUUACCCAUCAUUGCCUUGACAUGCGACUUUUCUUCCUCCAAUGCAAAACUUUCCAUGUCUGAAGUAGAGACCUUGGUACAUGAAAUGGGACAUGCGAUGCAUUCAAUGCUGGGUCGCACUGAUUUUCACAACGUGGCAGGUACACGAUGUGCCUCUGACUUUGUUGAACUGCCUUCUAUUUUGAUGGAGCAUUUUGUAUGGCAUCCUCAAGUGCUGCCUCUGUUUGGCAGUAAUAUUUCAUCACAUGCAGUGGAUGCCUAUCUAAGACAACGUAAGCAGUUUAGCGGUAUUGAACUCAAUAGUCAAAUCCUGAUGGCCCUUGUUGAUCAGCGCUAUCAUUCGGCUGAUGUGAAGCAUCCUGGUUUCUCAAGUGAGAAAGAAUGGCAUCAAUUACAAGACCAAGUAGGACUCUUCAAGAGUGUGCCUGGCACCAUGUGGCCUGUUCAAUUUGGCCAUUUGCUUGGCUAUGGAUCGAACUAUUACUCUUACUUGUUUGAUCGGACUUUGGCCCGAAGGGUCUGGGAAACGCAUUUCAAGACAGAUCCAUUAGAUAGAGAAAAAGGACAAGUAUUCCGUGAUGGCUUACUCAAGUGGGGAGGAGCACGUGAUCCAUGGCAAUGCAUUGCUCACGUCUUGGGAGGACAAGACGGAGAUAAGAUUGUACGUGGUGAUGAAGAAGCGAUGCGUACAGCGGGUGACUGGGGCAUUGAUGUCUAAAUUAGCCCGCAUAAACUAAAUAAAAGUCAGUUUUUUUUUCUUUUUUCUCUCUUUCUUUU